AUGUCAUCUUAUGCUUUAUCUGAAACUCACAAACAAUUGACCGAGGGUCACUUGAAAGACACCGACCCCGAAGUUGACCAAAUCAUCAAGGAUGAAGUCGAUAGACAAAAGCACUCCAUCGUGUUGAUUGCCAGUGAAAACUUUACCACCACUGCAGUUUUCGAUGCAUUGGGAACUCCCAUGUGUAACAAGUACUCUGAAGGUUAUCCCGGCGCAAGAUACUACGGUGGUAACGAACACAUUGACAGAAUGGAGACUUUAUGUCAAGAAAGAGCUUUGCAAGCCUUCCACUUGACCCCGGACAAGUGGGGAGUCAAUGUGCAGACCUUGAGUGGAUCUCCAGCUAAUUUGCAAGUCUACCAAGCCAUCAUGAAACCGCACGAGCGUUUAAUGGGAUUGGACUUGCCCCACGGUGGCCACUUGAGUCACGGGUAUCAGACUGACCUGAGAAAAAUCAGUGCUGUUUCCACUUACUUUGAAACCAUGCCUUACCGUGUCGAUUUGGAGACCGGAUUGAUCGAUUACGACAUGUUGGAAAAGACCGCCGUGUUGUACAGACCAAAAGUCUUGGUUGCUGGUACCAGUGCCUACUGUAGAUUGAUUGACUACAAGAGAAUGAGAGAAAUCGCCGACAAGGUUGGUGCUUACCUUGUUGUCGACAUGGCCCACAUUUCCGGGUUGAUUGCCGCUGGCGUUAUCCCAUCGCCAUUUGAAUACGCCGAUAUCGUCACUACCACCACUCACAAAUCCUUGAGAGGACCAAGAGGCGCCAUGAUUUUCUUUAGAAGAGGCGUUAGAUCAGUCAACCCCAAGAAUGGCCAAGAAAUCAUGUACGACUUGGAGAACCCAAUCAACUUUUCCGUGUUCCCCGGUCACCAAGGUGGUCCCCACAACCACACCAUUGCUGCUUUAGCAACUGCUUUGAAACAAGCCAACACUCCCGAGUUCAAGGAGUACCAAGAACAAGUGUUGAAGAACGCCAAGGCCUUGGAACUGGCAUUCAAGGCCAAGGGCUACAAAUUGGUCAGUGACGGUACCGACUCCCACAUGGUGUUGGUUUCGUUGAAGGACAAGCAGAUUGAUGGUUCAAGAGUCGAGACCGUUUGUGAAAAGAUCAACAUUGCCUUGAACAAGAAUGCCAUCCCCGGUGAUAAAUCAGCUUUGGUGCCCGGUGGUGUCAGAAUCGGUGCCCCCGCUAUGAGUACCAGAGGCUUGGGUGAAGAAGACUUUAAGAGAAUUGUUGAUUACAUUGACUUUGCUGUCAACUACGCUAAACAAACUCAACAAAACUUGCCAAAGGAUGCCAACAAGUUGAAGGAUUUCAAGAACAAAGUGUUGAAUGAAUCGGAUGAAACCUUGGAAAAUGCCAAAAGGGAGAUUUCCGAAUGGGCUGGUUCUUUCCCCUUGGCUGUUUAA